CAUUAUUAAUAUGGAAAUCCGCCUUCUUGAAAAGCAUGUAAACUUUUUAAACGAACUAUUAUUUUAAUCUGACUAUCCACAAUAAUCGUAUUAUUGUGUGCAUGUAACCGUAUUCAUUGAUGGUGAUCACAUUUUACAGGGGCAAGCUACGGCAGGCAAAGCACAGACAUCACUUCCGAGAUCCUGCCAUUUUGCUGCUGAUGCUCAAAACAAGCCGGGUCCAGAUUAGCUGGUGCUGUCUGCCGCCAUUGUUUUGAAGUUCAGCUGUUAAUUUUUUUUAACGAGACAAGAGACCAAGUCAGUUUUUAACAAUUGAAGACGUCAUCAAAGUAGAAUGUCAGAUUUCGACCAUAACCCGUUCGCGGACCCUGAAUUCAAUAACCCUUUUCAGGAUCCGUCGGUGACACAAGUAACACAGAAUGCUCCUCCAGGGUUGGAAGAGUACAACCCCUUCACAGAUGCCAAGCCGGUCCACGCUGGCACAGCGCCGAAGGUACCGGCCCCCACCACCACCAACACACAACCAGCCAUCAUGAAGCCUACUGAAGAACCGCCUGCAUACUCACAGCCUCAACAGACACAGGAGCAGGCGUGGGCGGCUACAGAGCUGCUGAGGAGACAGGAGGAGCUGGAGAGGAAGGCAGCGGAGCUAGACCGCCGGGAGAGAGAGAUGCAGUCGCUCAGCACAUCAGGAGGUAGGAAAAACAACUGGCCUCCUCUCCCAGAGAAGUUCCCCGUGGGCCCAUGUUUCUACCAUGACAUCACAGUGGAUAUCCCUGUAGAGUUCCAGAAGACUGUCAAGAUCAUGUACUACAUCUGGAUGUUCCACACAGGGACGCUGUUUGCCAACAUGUUUGGCUGUCUGGCCUGGUUCUGUGUGGAUGCGUCCAGGGGAGUGGACUUUGGUCUGGCCAUGCUCUGGUUCAUGAUCUUCACCCCCUGCUCCUUCGUCUGCUGGUACAGACCCCUCUAUGGAGCUUUCAGGAGUGACAGCUCGUUCCGUUUCUUCGUCUUCUUCUUCGUCUACAUCUGUCAGUUUGGUGUCCACGUGAUGCAGUCCAUCGGCAUCUCCGGCUGGGGCGCCAGUGGGUGGAUCUCAGCUCUGACUGGUCUGAAUAAGAGCAUCCCUGUUGGCAUCAUCAUGAUCCUCAUCGCUGCUCUCUUCACCGCCCUGGCUGCCAUGUCCCUCAUCAUGUUCAAAAAGGUCCAUGGCAUGUACCGUACCACGGGGGCCAGCUUUGAGAAGGCUCAGGCAGAGUUCGCCACGGGCGUCAUGGCCAACAAGACGGUCCAGACUGCCGCCGCUACCGCAGCCUCCAACGCCGCCAGCGGAGCCUUCAAGCAACAGAUCUGAUUGGCCCCUAGAGCCCGCCCUAUUUCUUCUCUCUGUCCAAUCCAAGCCCCCGAGCGAGCUCAAGCUUCCCUGCCCUCCUAACCUAGCUCUACUCGCAUGACUAGGAUGAGACCAUAGAGAUAGAGGACUCAUCUUUAUAUUUGUGCCAUUAUAGCGUCUGUGACAGCAUGGGCAGUGCAAUUGAGGCUACAACCCAUAAGAAUCCUUACCCAGUUUACUUUGAUUUCUUGAACUCCCUAUGGUCGAUGUCUGCGUCUCCACGGAAAUCAAAUUAGCAUAAUAAGCAUAAUAAAACAAUCACAAUAAAAAUCUGUCAGUUUAAGCUAGAGAUAUGUUUUUGUUUGCAUUGGAUGCGUCUCAAUCCACCGCAUGCGCCUAUGCCACACUUCCUCAUCUGAGGUGAAAGGUGACAGAGCUAGAGUGGUGUUUGUCAGACCAUGAGACAAAAUCGUCUGUACCGUCCGAACGGUUUGGCUUGCAAACUAUCUAUGGAAUGAUUAGACUCUCACAAACACAAUGGUGUUCUCCGUUUAGCUGUAUGACCCCCACAAGCAUCUUGGGACUCGUCUGAAGUCGGUAUAUCCGAUCUGCCAACUUCUGUCUGUAACGUCCGAACAGUUUGAGCUACACACUAAUACCCCUCUGUGGAAAAGCAAGACUAAUGAACACGUACAUAUUGGUUGUUUUGCUCUAGGACGCUCACAAGACUCGUCUGAAGGUCCCCCGGUACCAGUUGAAAAAAUGUAUGGAAGUAUAUAUGGACACUGUUUAGUGCCAAAAAUAAGGGGUGAAAUGCAUGUUUUAAAAAAAUUACAAAAAAAAUUAACAUGUUUCCAGAUCUUUCUAAUAUCUGUCAGAUAUAGGAUGGACACUUCAGAACAAACUUCUUUUAGAUUUUUUUGGGGGGGACUAUCUGUUGUUCCAUGUAGUGAAUAUUUUAU